AUGAUUUCAACAAUCGGCACAACAACAAUUCAAGCCACGAACGGCGGGACUCUGUCCACAACUACAGCACCAAACUCGCUAGUCAUGAAUCCUACGUCAAUGUUGGUAGAGAUGAAAAGCUUUAUUCCUUCUUCAUAUACUUUUGAAACAGAAAUCCAGAAGAUAAAGCAAGAACUUUUAACAAGUAAUUUAGACUGUAGUGCGAAAGAUGAAACAAAUGAACAGUAUCUUUAUGAAAUGGAGGACCUCAUCGACCAUUUGCCUAAACUACCUGAAAUUCAGCAGCAAAAACUAACUAUUCCUGAAUUCGACGAAAUUGAAGUCAAAGCAACUGACUCAGUAGAAAUUAAGAAAUUCAUACGUAAAGUAAAUUAUGAAUUCCUUGGUUUUCAUUGCAACCAUAAAGUUAUGGACAAAGAUUGCGACAUGGUUUAUAAAAAUAUUUCUGACCUUUACAAAUCCGAAGAAUUUAAGACAUACGAUAACUUUGUUUCAUUAGUUGCAAAAUGUGUAUGGCAGAUAAGAGAUAAAGAUAGAAGAGGUAAGGUAUGGAAUGAACAGAUAAAACCAGCAGCUUUUGAGUUAAAGAAAACCAUUGACGCCUUAGUUGUUCUAGCUG